UGAGUCAGCUCCCUGCGGUUCUUUCUUUGAGCCGCGGAGUGAGACGUCCCUGCGGCCACAGAGGAUCUUGGAGCGGCUGGUUCUCCAUCGGUCGGGAACGUCUCCUCGCGCCGGGAAACCUCACUCUAAUGUCGGCGUUAACCCGCCGGGACCUCGGCCUGGAGCCUCUGCCGUGAAGUAGCGUCCGCAGCAGCGCCACGUCCGCGGGAGCGGAAGCGAAGGAAGCCGGAGGAACGAGCAGGUCGGUGGUCGUGAUGUUGUCCUAAAUCUGACCGGCCUCCUCUGCUUCAAGUCUACAUUUCCCAUGGAGCUGUGCACCAACACACACGCUGUUCAACCAUGGAGCCACCAUUCAGGGUUUUGGACCCAAAGAGCCAGUGAGACAGAAGAGGACCUGAUAUUGUGAUAAAACCUCAACCCCAUCCUCAUAUCGACUCCUCCCUCGUAUUGUCUCCUCCUUGUCCUCCAGCCGACCACCCCUCUCUCCGAGGCCUCCUCAGGUCUUCUCCAGAUCCUCUCCCCAGGUCCUGCUGUGGAUGAGUUGUUAUCAGGACUGGGACGUCUGCUGUCAGUCCAGCACAGCGAGCGUCUGAUUAGAAGCUACCCAAACAGAGGGCGAGGAGCAGUCUGGGCCCAGGUCCUGUUCGGUCUCAGUCCAGUCCUGCUGCAGGAUGGCAGGUCUAUCGUUCUGUUUGGCUGUGAUGACCUCCGCUCUCCUGCUGACCCUCAGAGCCGACGCUGCAGGUCAGAACCCAGACCACGUCCUGCAGGGGACGGGAGUGAAACCAGAGGCUCGGCGGCUCGGCGAGGACUCCACCAUCGCACCAGAGGAUGCCGCUCGUUUCCUCAGCUGCUACUGCUCCGGAUAUUGUCCUGAAGACGCCACGAACAACACCUGCCAGACCAACGGUCAGUGUUUCGCCAUCAUUGAGGAGGACGAGCACGGAGAGGCCAUCCUCACCUCAGGCUGUAUGAAGUAUGAAGGCUCACACUUCCAGUGCAAGGACUCCCCCAAAGCUCAGACCCGGAGGACGAUCGAGUGCUGCAACACGGACUUCUGUAACAGAGACCUGCAGCCCACCCUCCCCCCACAGGCGCCCUCUGAAGGAAGUCCUCACUGGCUGGCGUUCCUCAUCUCGAUGACGGUCUGCUGCUGCACGCUGAUCUGUGUCACCGUCGUCUGCUACUACAGGUAUAAAUGGCAGACUGAGCGUCAGCGGUAUCAUAACGAUCUGGAACAGGAAGUCUUCAUCCCUGUAGGAGAGUCGCUCAAAGACCUCAUCCACCAGUCACAGAGCUCUGGCAGCGGCUCCGGGCUCCCUCUGCUGGUGCAGCGGACCAUCGCCAAGCAGAUCCAGAUGGUGCGUCAGAUCGGCAAAGGUCGGUACGGCGAGGUGUGGCUGGGCCGAUGGCGAGGAGAGAAGGUGGCCGUCAAAGUCUUCUUCACCAGAGAGGAAACCAGCUGGUUCCGAGAGACGGAGAUCUACCAGACCGUCCUGAUGAGACACGAGAACAUCCUCGGCUUCAUCGCGGCCGAUAUUAAAGGAACAGGCGCUUUCACGCAGCUCUUCCUCAUCACCGACUUCCACGAGAGCGGCUCGCUGUACGACUACCUGAAGCUGACCACGCUGGACACGCAGGCUCUUCUGCGACUGGCGUACUCGGCCGCCUGCGGCCUCUGCCACCUCCACACGGAGAUCUACGGCACGCAGGGCAAACCGGCCAUCGCCCACCGAGACCUGAAGAGCAAGAACAUCCUGAUCAAGAAGAACGGGACCUGCUGCAUCGCAGACCUCGGCCUCGCCGUCAAGUUCAACAGCGACACCAACGAGGUGGACAUCCCUCUGAGCACCCGAGUGGGGACGAGACGCUACAUGGCCCCCGAGGUCCUGGACGAGAGCCUCAACAAGAACCACUUCCAGGCCUACAUCAUGGCCGACAUGUACAGCUACGGCCUCGUCAUCUGGGAGAUGGCCCGACGCUGCGUCACCGGAGGCAUCGUGGAGGACUACCAGCUGCCGUACUAUGAGAUGGUUCCGUCUGACCCGUCGUACGAAGACAUGCUGGAGGUCGUGUGUGUUAAAGGGCUUCGACCAACGGUGUCCAACCGAUGGAACAGCGACGAGUGCCUUCGAGCAAUGCUGAAGCUGAUGUCCGAGUGCUGGGCUCAUAACCCCGCCUCCCGCCUCACCAUCCUCAGAGUGAAGAAGACGCUCGCCAAGAUGGUGGAGUCUCAGGACAUCAAGAUCUGACCUCGUCCUCGUCCCACCUCCGCCGCCAGAUCCAUUCUGACCUGGACCGGAUCAGACCGGACUGGCCGCCUCAGGCUCGCCCUUCAUCACGAGGAGGAGGAGGAGACGUUGGGAGAUUUUAAAAUAAAGGACCCGUCUCAGGGCUGAACUGUUGGACGCCUCCUCCCUCCUCCUCCUCCUCCUGCUUCAGUCCAUCAGCUGGAAACAGAUGUGGAGUCCUUCCUCUUCCUCCUCUUCCUGUGCCGCGUUUGACGCUUUCUGUGAAAGCCAAACAGACAAUUAAAUAAUUUUGAUGGCGCCUCCUUGUGGAGGGGAGAGGAGAUGCAGGGGGCGGGGCUCUUCCUGCUAGUGGAUAAAAAGUUUUUUAAGGACCCUCCUCUUCCUCCUCCUCCUCCUCCUCCUCCUCCUCGUCUGCCUGUUUCAAAAAAAACAUCGAAAUGCCUUUUUAUCUGUAUUUUAAUUUUCUCUUCAGGACUGAGUUCUCCUGCCAUAUUGAAAUAUAUCUCCACUCUUACAGUAGAGUUUAUUAUGAAAGAAAAAUAAGGUACUAUUAUAAUAUGUGAAUUUUAACGUGUAAAUAAAUGUUAUCGUUAGCUGCCGUGCCUCCUCAUAAGAAGAGUUUAGAAACAGAACACUGCUGCAGUGGUGCUGACGUCCAUCCGCCUCCUCAAGAGACGUUGACUGGAGACGAUGGAGUCACCGCGGAGACGUCUCCCGUCCUGUCCGUCUGUCUGUCCGUCUGUGUUUCUGUCUGUCUGUCUGUGUCCGUCUGUCUGUCUGUGUCUCUGUCCGUCUGUCUGUGUUUCUGUCUGUCUGUGUUUCUGUCCGUCUGUCUGUGUCUCUGUCCGUCUGUCAGGAGAUUACUAGUUUAGAGUCAUAAAGAGGCGUCAGCUGAAGUCAUGUGACACAAAGGAUUCAAUUUCUUUUCCAACAUUUCUUUAAAAAAAAUCUGGUUCAACUGAAAAACUGCAGUACAAGUACCUGCAAGUUUUCCUGGAGCACGGUACGUGAGUGAAGGUACGUUUAGCCUGUUUUACAUAGAAAAGGAAAAGUGACCUGAUAUAUCCUGGUUCUUCCCGAUCGCCUCGUUCCUCCGAGGUUCAACUUCCCGUCACAUUUUGUCCGACUUUUUUAAAAAAAACUUGUAAAAAAUCUAAGUAAAACUCAGUUUCUUUGUUUCUGCAGCAUCAAAAAAAAAAAUCAUCAGGAAACUGUUUCUAACUCGUUUUCCUGAAACGUUGUUUUCUCUCCUCAGCAGGACGACGUGCACGUGUUGGCUCGCUGUGCAUGUUCAGUGUGUGAGAAGCUAACCAUUCAUACAGCGGCUAUUAAAGAGCAGUAACGUAGUGUUUCCUCUGUAUUAAAGUAAAUAUGCAAGAACAGCCCCAGUAUGGAAUAAUCUCUAAUAUGUAAAUCUCUCAUGUUGUUGUUGUUUUGUACAGCAUCUGGUUCGGUGCCUUAUGAGUUUACCAAGGAAGAUGAAAACUCUGUAUACAGUCUGUCCAAUGUAACGAUUUUUAAGUAAAUAACCUUAUUUUAGUACACAAGC